AUGCCGGACUCGGGCUCUUCGACUGCUGCCUGCGUGGUUCCUACCCUGCGGAAGAGCCGGCAGUGUCGCCUCCCCGAGCCCGCGACGUCAACAGCGGCAGAGGUGGCAGGCCUCCACCUGUGUAUAGACGUACUUGUGGAGGAGCUGCCAGCGACCACUGUGGCCAUCUACUACGACUCCAAGGCGGCAGUUCUCAGCCUACAGAGGCCAGAAAGGGCCAGCCUUGGGGUCGCCGUGCUCUCGACCAGGCUGAUGGCGCUCCAGGAGGCGGGCUGCUCGGUGUCCCUGCGCUGGCUUCCAACGCAUAUGGGGAUACCGGGCAAUGAGGAGGCCGAUGCACUGGAAAAGCGUGCCCACCACUGCGUGGUUCCGCCCAGCCUGGCAGUGAUAGCAGCUAUUGACUUCACAAGCCACAGACUGCGACGUCAUCUGCUGGCCUGCCAUCCGGACAAGCGGAUGUCCUUGGGCCGCCCUCCACGACCACCCCCGCAACGUGGCAUCGCACGCAGAGAUACCUCCCUGCUGCUGCGACUGAGGAUUGACUGCUGCUGCAUGGGGGCUCGCCGCCACCGGCACGGCCUCAUCGCCUCUCUAGCCUGCGCUUCCAGUGGGGAGCCGGAGACCCUGGAGCACCUCCUGCUGGCCUGCCCUGCUUACCUGCAGCAGCGUGACCGCCUCCUGCCGGAGUUCCGACACCUGGGGCUUCCUUCUGCACGGCAGGAUGACACCCUCUUCCCUGGUCGCACCCCUGCAGGGGCGUACGGCCACACGUCGAAGCAGGAGAUCUAG